AUGAUUGCAGAAGUUGAAGCAGCAUGUCGCAUUCUUGGUGUUAAAAAGAGCACCCUUAUUGAUGCUUUAACUCAACCAUCGAUAAAAGUAAACGAUGUAGUGAUCCGAAAGAGUCAAAAUCUUGCAAAGACCUUAAGUUCACUAUCCGGAUUAUGUAAAACUAUCUAUGAGCGCCUCUUCAAUUGGAUUUUAUCACGAUGCAAUUCAGCAUUGAGUGAAGCAUUUCAUCCUAGUAAGUCAACGCGAACUUAUUAUAUUGGUGUGCUUGAUAUUGCUGGUUUUGAAAUCAUUAAAAUGAAUAGCUUUGAGCAAUUUUGCAUCAAUUAUACGAAUGAAAAAUUGCAACAAUUUUUCAAUGAUUUCAUGUUUAUACGUGAACAGCAAGAAUAUUUAAAUGAGGGAAUUGAAUGGCAAUAUGUUGAUUACGGUACUGAUAUGCAAAAUACCAUCGAAUUUAUUGAAAAGGUUUUCCACAAAGCUAAUUGA